AUGGAUUCAUCAUCAUAUUCAUCAAAUGAAUGGUAUACUAUAAUCCAAAAUUGGAGGAAUCAAAAAUAUUAUAUACCAACUAUAAAUAUAGUACAACCUCAACAAUCAUCAAGUAAUUUAUCAAGUUUAGUAACACAAAUUUUAUCAGGUGAUGAUUCAAUACAAGAUCAUCAAGAUAUAACUCAUAGUUCAAUUAGUAGUAAUAACAAUAGUAGUAAUAGUAAUAAUAAUAAUAGUAAUGGUAGUACGAAUUUAAUGGUUGAUCAAUUAUUAAAAGCAUUAAAGAAUGAAAAAGAUGAUAUAUUACGUAUUAAUUUAUUAUUAUUCUUACAAGAAAAUUCUAGUAUCCUAUUAGAAGAUGAUUUAAAAAGAUUUGAAAGAGUAUUCUCAAUAUUACAAUCAUUAAUUUUCUCACAAACUGAUAGUUAUCCAAUUAAAUCACAAGUACUCACAACCAUAACAACCGUAUUAAUAUGUGAAAGUUUAAUUAAAACUAAUCCAAAAUUCAUUGAAAUUUUCAUUGAAUUAUUAUUAGAUAUAAUUAGUAAAAUUAAUACAAGUCCUGAUAGGUUAUUAAAAGGUUCAGCAUGUAAUUGUUUAUUAGAAUUUGAAUUAACAUAUCCAUGUAUAUUAUCAGAAUUUAAACCAUUGAUAAUGAGUUAUUGUCAACAAGAGAAUACUCAUUUAAUUCAAAAUUAUACAGUACUAUUAUCAGCAAUACUUCAAAAUGUAACACUAAGCACAUAUGAAGAAGCAAAUACAAUUCAAAAUAGUAUCAUUUUAAGUGGUGGUACAAUAAAUAAUAAUAAUAAUAAUAAUAAUAGUAAUAAUUCAUCUAUAAUAUCAAAUAAUCAAAAUUCAAUUGGUUCAAUGUUUGGUACAAUUGUAUCACCAACUACAAAUACAUUAAGUUUACCACUUUCUUCACCAUUAUCACAAUCAUAUCAACAACCACCACCACAACAACAGCAGCAACAUUCAUCAAUAAGAUCAAUGAUGAUAUCACCACCAACAACAACAAUAACAUCUUCUUCAUCUUCUUCAUCACAAAUGUCAACAUCAUUUAGUCAACAACAGCAGCAACAACAGCAAUCAUAUUCAAGUAGUAAUAAUUUAAAUAAUUUUAUAGGUGGUGGUGGUGGCAAUAGUGCUCAAAAUUCAUUAAAUUAUGGUAGUAGUAGAAGAUCGGCACUAUUACCAUUACCAAAUAUAUUUACAGAUUCAGAUCCAACUUUAAGAAAUUCAACAUAUUCAAUACCACCAACUGUUAAAUUUUCACCAAUUUCAUUAGAAAGAAUUAAUAAUAAUAAUGAAAUAUUCUUUAGAAGUAGAAGUAGUAAUUUACAACCAACAAACGGAUCGUUUAAAUCACAAAAUACAACAUCAUCAUCUUCAUCAUCGUCAUCGAAUAAUAAUAAUAAUAAUAAUAAUGUUAAAUUAUCAGAAUCAUUUGAAAAGGAUAUAUUUAAAUGUGCAUCAACAAUUGCAGAUCAAUCAGCAUAUUUAAAUCAAUGGGGAUUGGUAACUAUAAUUCAACAGUUAAUACCAUUAAUUGAUUUAGUUUCAAUACCACAUAAUUUCUUUAAGAAUCAUCUUCAUCUAUUGUAUAAAUUAUUCUUUACAGAUAAUACAUUACAAUUUCAUAUUGUUUUAUAUUUAACGCUAGUAUUCCCAGAUCUAUACUCUCAAGAUGAAUUUGAUUAUUGUUUAAAACGUUUAAUUUCAAUUAUUAAUGAUAUUUCAUUAUCAUUAGAAAAUAGAAUAUUUGCAAUCGAUUGGUUAUUAUCAUUACCAAAUAAAGUUUUAAAAAAUCAACAACAACAACAACCAUUAUCAAUAUUUCAAUUUUAUCCAAAUUUUUAUCCAACUUCAUUUGAUAAUAUAUUUUUAAAAGAAGCUAAAUUAUAUGCAUUAUGUAAAUGUUUAUCAAAUUCAACUUUAAAUAUUUCAAUUUCACCAGAAAUUAAUUUUGGUAAUAAAAUUUUUUUUUUUUUUUUUUUUUUUUUUUUUUUUUUUUUUAAAAAAAAAAGUGAAUUAUUAAAAUCAUUAAUUUGUUUAGAAGAAUUUAAACAUAAUAAUGAAAAUUCAAUUUCAACUAGAAUUGUAUUUAGUAAUUUAUUGUUAUUAUUAAGUAAUUUUCCAACAAUGAUGUUUGGUUGUAUUGAAAAGUAUUUAUGUGAUAUAUUAAUUAAUUAUCCACAAUUUUUGAAUGUAAUAAUAUGUUUAUCAAAUGGUAUUCAAAAUCAAAGAACAAAAAUUAAUUUAUUUUUAUCAUUAUGUAGAAUGAUAUUGCAAUUGAAACCAUUAAGAUUUUUACAAUAUUUACCAUUAGUUGAAAGGGUAGUAGUUGAAGAUCAAAUUGAUCCAACAUCAUUAUUAGAGAAAACUUUUGAAUUGGUAAAGAGAAAGAAGAUUUUAACAUUGGGUAAUUGGUAUAUUGGUAAUAUCAUUCUAUCAAUUUGUAGACGUUCAUUAAUGUAUCAUAAUACAAUUGUGGUUGCUAAACCUUUGAAAUUGAUUCUAUCGAAUUUGUUUUCCUAUUUUUCAAAUCUCGAAAUUCGUGAUAGAGCUUCAUUCUAUCAACUUUUAAUCUCACAUUUACCAGAUGAUAAAAUUAAAACAAUCUUAAAUACUCUUCAAAAUGAUGAAACAAAUGUUAGUGGUCUUUUAUCAACUCCUUUAACUUCUGAUAAAAAUAAAUUAAUUAAAUCUGUACCAAAUUUCAUUUCAAUCUCUCAAAUUUUAGAUAGAGAAAUUUCAAAUUCAAUUCAAUCAACUUUAUUAAUUUAUCAACAACAACAACAACAACAACAACAACAACAACAACAACAACAACAACAACAACAACAACAACAACAACAACAACAACAACAACAACAACAACAACAACAACAACAACAACAACAACAACAACAACAACAACAACAACAACAACAACAACAACAACAACAAUCACCAACUACCCCAAUUUUAGAUAGUAGUAAUAAUGAUGAUUUUGAAUUUAGUUUUCAAAAUUAUUUAUCACUUUUAAUGGAUCCAACAAAAUUAGAAGCAAAAAUUAUUAUACCAUAUCAAAUUCGUUAUAAAAAACAUAUUAAUAAUAAUAAUAUUAAUAAUAAAAUUAAUAAUAAUGAUAAAAUUAAUAAUAACAAUAAUAAUAACAAUAAUAAUAACGGAGAUGGUAAAAAUAAUAAUGAUAAUAAUAAUAUUGAUGAUGAUAUUAAUAAAAUUAAAAGUGGUAGUAUAAGUAAUAGUAGUAGUUUAAGUGGUAUUGGUAUUAAUAUUGGUAUUGGUAUUGGUAAUAAUACACCAUUAAAAGUUUAUGCAUUAUUAAUUCAAUUACAACAAUCACCAUAUUAUUUACCAAUUAAUCCAAUUAGAAUACCAUAUUUAUGUCAUCCAAAUAAUGAUUUACUUGAAAAUAAUAAUUAUAAUUAUAAUAAUAAUAGUGGCAAUAGUGGUAAUAGUGGUAAUAAUAGUUUUAAUAAUUUACAAACAAUUGAACAACAACAACAAAUUGUUGAAAGUAAAUUAAAAGAAUUUCCAUAUUGCUAUGAUAUUGAUUUAUCAUUUACACCAAUCUAUCCAAUACCAACUAGUUUCUCAAUUAAAAUGGUUUUUAAUGAUGAUGAAGGUAAAACUUGUAAAUCUGAUGGUUCUUUAAUAUCAAUUCAAUUCUCUGAUCUUUUUAUGAAUGUUCCAAUACCUUGGAAUUUAAAUUCAACCAUAGAAGAAAUAAAUCAAUUUCAAUCGAAAUUAUUUAAUUUACUUUGGAAUACAAAUACUCCAACAACUUCUCAACCAAUUCCAAUGACAAAUUCUGUAAAACAAUGGAACAUUUCAAGAAAUUUAAUAAAAAAAAUUAUUAAUUUAAAAUUAUCAAAAUUUUUAAUCAUCAACAACAAUAAUAAUAAUGAUGAUAAUCAAAAAGAAAAAGAAAAUAUUAAAGUCAUUAAUCGACAAGAAGAAAGUGCUAUCAAUAGUAAUAGUAAUAGUAAUGGUUGUGGUGAAAAAUUAAAAAUUGAAAAUGAUAUUUUAAAUUUAUUAAUAUUUUUACCACCACAAUUUCAUUUAUUAUUAAAAUUUGAUAUUGGCGAUGAUUCAACAAUCGUUUAUGUUAAAACUGAUUAUUGGAGAUGUCUUGUAUUUUUAGAUCAAUACCUAUCAUCUUUAAUUAAUACUUUCAUAAUUGAAUAA